AUGAUAGGAGAUGACAAAGAGGAGAUGGCCCGAUUGAAGAAAUUGUUGGCACAUGAAUUUGAGAUCAAGGAUCUAGGAAAAUUGCAGUACUUCUUGGGAAUUGAGGUUGCUAGAUCAAAAAGAGGAAUCUUUAUUUCUCAGAGGAAGUAUAUUCUGGAUCUCUUGAAAGAAACUGAUAUGAUAGGUUGUAGACCCGCAGAAUCGCCCGUUGAAAGCAAUCACAAGUUACAAAGCGGAGUUGGAGAGUCAAUUGAUAAGGAGAGCUAUCAGAGAUUGUUUGCUCCAGGAAAAGGUCUACUUUUCUCCGAACAUGAUCACCUCCAAAUAGAAGCCUUUACAGACGCGGAUUGGGUUGGAUCUUUGGAUGACAGAAGAUCUACAUCUGGGUUACUGUACGCUCGUAGAAGGAAACUUAGUUACUUGGAGAAGCAAGAAGCAAAGUGUAGUUGCUAG